UAUUUUAGAAGUUACAGGGGGGGGGGGGGGGACACACAUUUUUUCACUUUGGAAGUGUCUCUCGCGCAAACUAUUCAGUGUAGAAAAAAAUGAUAUUAGAAACCGAAAUAUCAUUUUUGAAAACCUAUCCAUAGAUACCCCACACGUAUGGGUUUGAUGAAAAAAGAUUUUUUGAGUUUCAGUUAUAAGUAUGGGGAACCCCCAAAAUUUAUUGUUUUUUUUUCUAUUUUUGUGUGAACAUCUUAAUGCGGUUCAUAGAAUACAUCCACUUACUAGGUUUGAACAGUAUAGCUCUUAUAGUUUCGGAAAAAAGUGGCUGUGACAUAAUCGGACAGACAGACGGAUAUGACGAAUCUAUAAGGGUUCCGUUUUUUGCCAUUUGGCUACGGAACCCUAAAAAUGGACGAAUUAGAGUUUUAUAAUAUUUUGACUCGUGUUGAUUUGUUUUGUUCUGUUUUAUUUAUCGGUAAUUUAGUGGUAUUUAUGUAGAAUUGUAGGUUGUAGUUUAAAUGUUAUAUUAUUUAUAUUUAAUUAUAAUGUGACAUGUUUUAUUUAUUAAGUAUGUAUGUUAUGUAUUGAAAAAUGUAUACUUAAGUAUCACGUUGCGGGGUAUGACAUACGGACCAAUGGUCUCAUAAAAUAUGUUGAAGUUCGUGCAUACUACAGUAGUAAAAGUCGGAACGGAACGCCCUAUUAACUACCUGUGUUUUUAAAUGCUAAGGCUCUUGUUUAUAUUCUAAUAAAAAACUAAAUUUAAAAUAAUUUGGUCAGUUAUAUUAACUAAUUUAGAAGGUAUCUUGUCUAUUAUCUAGGUUAACAGCGCCGAUUGUGAUAACUGAUUCAAAAUACUUCGGCAUACUGAUGAAAAUCAAUGAUUAAAUUAUUUUAAUCAGCAGGGCUCUGAUUGAUAAUGCGGGUGAUAUAUUCUUAUCACGACUAUCGGACAUUAAGACGAUCGUUAUUAUGAAUAGUUGUACUAGUCUUUCUUGGAGUCCGCCAUUGCGCAAACGUUCGGUGGUGCUUUAAUUUAUAUUUAGUUUAUUAAUUAAUGGGCAAAAACAUUAAAUGGUGUACAAAAUGUGACAUGUGUUAAAUAAGAUAUUUGUGAAUGAGUUGCAAAAAGUGUAAUAGUUUUAACAGAACGUGACUAGAAUAGUUGAACUAGUGAUGACUGUCAUCAGCCUAAUUUAUCAAAUGGUUGAUAGAAUAGCGCCAUGACGUUUAAUAUUGCUUGAGUCAUCGAAAGUGAUUUAACAGUCUAGUAGUAGGUAGAUACAUAGGUACGUUUUCUGCUAUCAAAAUAGUUCAUCAAUCACGAAAUCACGGUAUUAUCGGAUAAUAAGCGGAUUAAUAUAUAAUACUUCCUGUGGAUAAUCCUCGCAAACCCAGUCAGGUGGCAGCAUCAUUUGUAUGAUAAACAGUAUGGCACAUAAUGUGGAUAAAACUCGCACUAACCAAGUUCAAGUAGAAAACCAAGAAGAACAACAAGAGAAGAAUUUGGGAUGCUGGGCCAAAUUCAAAAGCUUAUUUGAAGACAGAGGGUUUGAUUUAGAAUACGAGUAUCGCUCUCCUGCGCUGCACGCCUUUGAAAUUGGACGUCACUCUGAUGAAUUCAGACGUGUCACUGAAAGACGUCUUUCUUCUGAGGAGAAACGGAAAUCUUUUCAAGAAAAAGUGACACACUUCGAAGAAGAGGCGAACGUUGAUAAUUUUUAUGACCAAUUUGCUAACAACGAUAAUUCGUUAGAAAUUACCGAGUCUCAGAAGAAACACUCGAAGUACAGAAAUCGGGUGUCCAUUAGGCCCAGUAUUUAUUUGACGAAUAUUCAAGAAGAAACAAAUAGUAUUAAAGAUUCUGAAGUUGAUGAGUUAGAAGAUGAAUUAGAAGAGAACAGGUCGCCGCCGCCCGCGCACAUCCCCACUGCCCUGCUCUACGCGCCGCCGGAGCCUCUCGAGCUGCUAUGCGUGUUCCCGGACCGUGCAUCCCGCGUGUGCGCAGCAGCGUGCGCGGCGGCAGCACGCGCCGGUGGCGAGGCGCGCGCAGUGCGCACGGCGCGCGAGGCGCUCGACGCACUGCGGCGCGACGGCGAUGCGCGGCUGCCGCAUGUCGCCGUGGUUGACGCGCGGCAACCGCAGGCGCUUGAUGCUGCGAAUCUCGCCAGAACAAUACGACAAGCCAAGAACACUCAGCACAUAAUUCUCAUAGCAGUUGUCAAGAAAAGCGCCUACCUGAAAGAUGACUUCGCCACUCUGCCUUAUCUGGAAGUGGGCUUUAAUAGGGUGAUGGUGGAGACAGUGGGCGCGACAGCGUGGUGCGCGGAAGUGCUGCAGGCGCGAGCUGCAGCGGCGGCGGCGCGCGCUCAGAUCGCCGCCGUCGCCGCGCUGGCCGCCGCCGCCGACCGGUGCCGCGACCUCGUCGCCGUCACCGACGACCAGCAGAGGAUACUGGUGACAAACAAAGCCUGGUGCCGGGUGCUUGGCUGGCGGGCGGAAGAUGGCGCGCGGCUCGCAGAUUCGGCCGGUGGCGAGGCUAUGAGACUGGCUACAAGCGGCGCGCGCGAGUGGGAGGCACCGGUCACGUUGCGUCGGCGUGGCGCUCCAGAUCCGCUGCUGCUGCCAUGCCGGGGUGCUUCAAUAGCCUUGAACAGAAGCACAUCUCACCUCGUCCUGGUGUGCGAGCCUGGCAACGCGACCGAAGCCGGCGCGGCGCGCGGCUCGCUCCACUCCAUCCGGCGCGGUUCGCUGGACGUGCGCUCCGUGGCCUCUGACGGGCUACGGCGGACUUCGCUCGCCAAACUACAGGGCCUGCCACUUGAGGCUCCUAUCACUAAGGUGAUAUCCCUCCUAUCCACGGCCACAGACGGCGCCCCUCCAGCCACGGUAGCAUGCAUCGAGCGUGCCGUGGACAUGCUUAGAACCUCCGAGCUCUACUCUCCACAAAUGAAAGAUGAGCCCAAACUGCGGGUGGAAGAUCCCAUCGCUACUGAUCUUAUUGGCGCUUUGCUGUCGCGGGAGCAAGUGAACACAAACCUAUUUUACAUGCAAGGACCAUCAAACGUGUUAUCAUCGCGGCGAAGCAGCAACGAUUCUACCGUCGUGCGCUCUCAGAACAACAGGACAAACAUCAAGCAUAAGACGUCAGGGCAACUCCGAGAACUUCUUGAUACAGCGCUGAACUGGGACUUCGAGAUCUUCCGACUCGAAGAGCUAACACGUGGACGGCCGCUGGCACAUCUCGGCCUAGCUCUCAUGGGAGGUCGCUUCGAUGUGUGUUCGGCUCUCGAGUGUGACGAGCGCACGCUGCUGCACUGGCUGACUGUCAUAGAGACCAAUUAUCACGCUGUCAACACGUACCACAACUCAACUCAUGCCGCUGAUGUUCUUCAGGCAGUAGCAUACUUCCUCGAGAAGGACCGCCUGAAGACAGUGCUAGAACCCAUCGAAGCGGCAGCUGCCCUCAUCUCCGCAGCGGCACACGACGUGGACCAUCCCGGCACCACGUCUACCUUCCUCUGCAACUCGCGGCACCCACUCUCCAUCCUGUACAAUGAUAUCAGCGUACUGGAGUCGCACCAUGCGGCACUCACCUUCAAGCUUACACUCAAUGAUGACCGCGUGAACAUAUUCAAGAAUCUCGACCGCGAUACGUACAAGACGGUGCGGCACAACGUCGUGGACAUGAUCCUGGCCACGGAGAUGACGCGUCACUACGAGCACCUCGCCAAGUUCGUCAACGUGUUCUACGCCAAGGGCAACGUGGGGGGCAGCAAGGAGGACAACAUGAAUACUGAUGUGGAUCCACCCUCGUUGGACCCGGCAGCCAUCACUCAGCCGGAGAACGUAGUGCUAGUGAAGCGCAUGAUGAUUAAAUGCGCCGACGUGUCCAACGCUUCCCGGCCGCAGAAGUUUGCCUUUGAAUGGGCUAGAAGAAUUGCAGAGGAGUACUUCCUACAAACGGACGAGGAGAAGGCAAAGGACCUGCCAGUAGUGAUGCCGAUGUUCGACCGAGCAACCUGCUCCAUCCCGCGAUCGCAGAUCGGUUUUAUCGACUACAUCAUUAAGGACAUGAUGGAUGCCUGGGCCGUGUUCAUCGACAUGCCGGAGCUGGUGACGCACGCGAAGCAGAACCACGCGCGCUGGAAGGAGCUGGACGAGGCGGGCGUCACCACCAUCGCCGACGUGCGCCGCGCGCAGCGCGCCGCCGGCGCCGCCACCGCCGCGCCUCCCUCCGCCGCCGCGCCCCCCGCCGCCGCCGCGCCCGACUCCACCGCCGAGGAGUAACCGCUUCUCACAAUGGAUGAUUCUCAACAAUGGAUGAUUCUCACUCGAAAAUACAUUCUUAUUUGUGUCAACUGAUUCACUAGGGGGUUCCCUGUGCGACUAAUUUCGUAGUGGGAUAAUUCUUCCGAGCUUCCGAACUCAUUGAAGCGCCAGUACCUCCGCAGUAUCAUGAUGCGUCAUGUGCGGUGAGAGAGUUCGCAUAUAUACAAAUCGGAAAUCGAGCGUGUUCCACAUACUGAUGCAGUUUUUGUACAAGUAGUAAAAUUUGAGUCGAUUAAAUGGUUCAUGUUAUUAAUUCGACGCAAAUUGUACCAUUCGAUCCGCCAGAUACAAAUUAAAGAGUUCUUCGGGUUUAAAAUAUAUAUAUAUGUAACGGUGUUUUAAAUAAUGUCUGGUGUGAUACGAAUUUCAUGCAAUGUUAAAUUGGUGUUUUGCACCAAAAAUCUAAUGCUAAAGAAACAAAUACGUUAACAUGACUUUCUCAAAAGGUUUAAAUUAUUUGACAUGAUAGACCUAGCAAGUGAAUAAUAACUUUCAAUCUCAUCAUUUACAUGAAGUUUAAAUAAAUCAUGUUGCCGUAUUCUUAGAAGCAUUUUGUAAGACCGAAAACAGCUUGUAUAUUGUGAGAAUAGAAAAGUGGCUUGUCCCUGUUUGAAGUAACAGAUGAUACAGCGAGUAACUCGCACUGAAAAAUGUUGAAAAUAAUCAAGCGAAAUAUUAUUCGCCUACCUAUUUUUGGUAUGGUUGUCUCUACUCGGUUAGAAAAAUAUAAAUUACUAGAGGAUUCUUUUUUUCAAAAUACGAAAUCAAUGUCGACAAUCGACCUAGAAACGAUUUACUAAAAUAGAGGCAAAUAAAAAAAAAUACGGGUGUAACACAAAAUUCUGAAGAUCUAUAAUUUACACUGUUCUUGUGAGCAUCUAGUGCCUAACUGAAGAAUUUGACGUGGCACAAGACCAGAAACGAGACCAAGUAAAAUAUACUUUACUUGUAUAUGGAAUAGGGUUGAAAGUCCAACAACGCUCUGUUGUCUGGAUAAAAUUUGGAGUGUUCGGGAAAAGACUGGGCGUCUAAGACUAAGCAGUUGCAUAACGACCGAUUACUUUUUCAAUUUUAAACUUCUCUUUAUCGGAAUUUUGGAAUUAAUACUUUAUUAUGUUAGCAGCAAGGUUGCUUUUGCACCGGUACCAAUUAGUGAAAGAAAUUGAUAAGGUAAUCGGUUUGCGCAUGAAUUGUAGGCAAGUCUGAAAUGGAACAUAGACAAGAACGACGCCUAACGGACGUGUCCGAAAAUACGCUUAUUUUAUACUUAUAUCCAUGUUAGUGUGAAUAUCAUUGAUAUGAUAGUUAAUCUACUUUUUUAAGUAGCCAUAUUUAUUAGGUAAUAUUGAAUCCAAAAUAUUUACUAUAUUUAUACCCCAUCAUACCAAAACUGAUUUUCAUUAUUCUACUAUAGAUGUUAAUAAUUGGCAUAUAAUCUUUAAUAGGUACAAAUAUUAUUUAUGGUGACGAUGUUCAGUAGCCUUCUACUAUUCGUCGUGUACUUAGCUACUUUAUCGUUGUUUUAGAGUAAUCCGUGAUAAUAGUGCCAUAUAGAACAUUGGCCAAUCGUAUCCACUGAUCAUUCUGUCCCUCAUAUUUCACUGCAUCCCAUGACAGUAUAUCCAUUUAGUUUAAUAGGUAUAUUAAAACUUCUGCCAAACCAUUCUCAAACUAUUGACUGUCUCUUUAUAGUAUGAAAAUUGAAAACAUUGGUCCAUUUAUACACUUGAGCUUUCAGAGAAUUCCUAUUUUUAUAAACUUUAUAUAGUAUUUCUAAAUUUUCGGAUUCAUAUCAAUCUUAAUAGGACUUUUUGAGUAUUUUAUUCUAUUUCCAAAUUUUCUAACCGCUUUAAGUUUCCGGUUUUUUCACUCCUGGAAAUGUCUACCUAUAUUUUCAACGGGUCGUACUUUAUAUACCAGUGGUGAGGUGUUUUUAUAUCCCGAGACUGACUGGCAUAUGUUAGGUACCUACAGCAUGAGAGAACACGAGUAGGGUUUGCAAUCCGGAUCCGAAAUGUAUCAAAUUAUCCGGAUCAGAAUCCGGAUCCGCAGAUCUUCCCAUACAUUUCAGAUCCGUCGUGCAACACGCGAGUUAAUGAAUAAGCCUAAUCCUCAAGAAAGAAUUGUGACACCUCGCCACUGUUAAACCUACAACGCUAAUCUAGCCUUUACUUUCUGCUGCGUCAUUUGGAAAAGUAAACAUUGUGAUAAAAGCGAUCUUUCAAGCCAUUUCGCUAUUGAAAGUUUUUACGUGAAGAUAUUUUAGAGCUAGCAUAGCAGAAUAGAAUGUACAAAAAAUUACUUUAACAUGGUUUCAAUUAUCUUAACCCUUUAUUGGUUAAUAAGAUAUUGACAGAAUGACGCUAUAAAAUUCAAUGUUUUAAUUGAAUCCACACAAGUCAAACCACUCAAGACCUAAGUGGCAUGCUUACAAAUUUCAAUGUGAAAAUUAAAGUCUAGAUUAGCGUUUGUACAGUUGGAUCUAAAUCUAUUUGUAUAAGUAGUUGUAACAUUAGUUACGAAUAAAUUGUAUACAUCAAUCACUUGAAUAUUUGCUGUAGCUACCUAAUUAAUUUUCGAAUAAGGUCUAAUAUAUUGAUAAUCAUUUGUUCUAUAUACAAUCGUCUGCGCGACGCUGGUCUAAUAUUAAAUUAAUUAUUACCAACUUGUAUUCUGUAGUUAAUAAUUAAUUAAUGAGAAUAAGAAUACGCUUCCUUGUGCUCAAUGUCAAUACAUAACGGUCUAACAUUAAUAUUUACUAUUAUAUUCAUACCUUUCUACUUAUUUAUAUUGUGUAACCACUUACUUCAAUGUGUUACUUAUAGGUCGCGGUUGUUCAAUCUCAUUAAAUGCCCACUUUAUAUUUUAAAUAUUUGCCUACUAACAGUAUAAUAUGAUACCAAAUUAGAUUGAAUUAUUAUAUUGUUAUAAUUGCUGUUUAGCUCAAUUUACUGUGUAGACUAACUGGCUACAUGUUGGUUUUAGAAAGCAGGACGCGUUUUAAUAGCAAUAAUAACCGUUGAACCUUUCCCAAAUAUUAAUUUGAUAGUAUAUUGUCGCUAUCACGUGCCAAAUAAGUCUAUAUUAUUAUGUAAAGCACCAGUCUAUGUAGAAGAAGCCAGUAAUUAUGUUUGACAAGUUUUUAUUAUUACGCGAUUAAACGAUAUUAACACUUUACUUACAUCUAAACCAAUUAUUGAGUACAAAAACGGUCAUAAGAUCGUAAAAUCUCCUUCUGUCUGUAACUGCAUAUUCUCACAAGUGAAUCGCCAGGAAUGUAGCCAAAAUAGAAAUAGCGACUAAACUCCUACUUUCUCAAACCAACACGACAGUGUAUUUCUGUUAUUUUACUUUUAAUUAUCACGUUUUAGUAAUAACUAAUUAAGAAUAAGGGGGCUGGACCCUAUAUUUAAUUGUGGAGUUAAGUAAUUACGUUGUUGUGAAUUUUAUAUGCGAAGCUAUGCGUUGUAUAAGUACCAAUUAAUCAAUGUUAUUAUAAAGUUAAAAAUUCUAAUACUUCCCAGAGAAGUGAUGCAUCAAGUCGUCGCUUUAUUCCUUUAACCUCUUAACUGCCGCUACUAUUUUAUUAAACAUUAUCGGAAUGUAUAAAGAUGAAUUUUAGACUUUACUCGCUGUUACGGUCGGUGGCGGUCAAAAGGUUAAUACUAUUUCAAUUUUAUAAUAUAAUCAUGAUUUUAUUUAAAGCUAUAUUAACUUUGUUUCUAAAAGAAAGAAGUAGUUUUAUAUGAGAACUUGACAGCUCAAUACAAAUCUCGCGCCAAUCCUUAUAAAUAGACUUAUCCAUUCUGUGCUUCUGAUAACGACAAUAUUAAAUGGUAACACAUUAUUUUGAUACAAACUCGAAUGCACAGAAGGAUGCAAAUUGGAUUUGAACUACACGUCGACGUUGCAGUUAGCGUGCAGUCGGUGUGCAGUUCCCAUACAAAUUGCAGUCGGGUUGCAGUCCGUCUGUAUCGGCCUUAAGCAUCAUAAAUCGGCCUAUUCAAACCUCUCCCCAAAAUUGGCCAGUGUAUCUAUCGAUCCAUACAGUAUACAAUAAAGGUAUAAAGCGACGAAAAGUAUUUCUUUCAUAAUAUAGAUAAAUGGAGACAAAAAUUGUUGCUUGAGAUUUAAAUAUGAUGGAUUUUGACUAAAUAUCUCACGUAAGUUCCAAUUUAACAGUAAAUCUUAAGCAACAGUCUUGAAUAACACACUAAUACCUACAUUUUGAAUGAAUGUCUAUGUUUGGAGUAAUAUGAACGCAAAUUGUUAAGUGUUGUAAAAUAAAAGAAAUAUUUACAA